AUGGUUACUAGUGGAGUACCACAAGGUUCAGUACUCGGACCUCUUUUGUUUGUAAUCUUCAUUAAUGACUUAUGUAGAGGGAUUAUUAAAGACACUAAAUUAUAUGCAGACGAUACCAAAGUUAUUUCAAUCAAUCAUUGUUAUGAUGAUAAUAAAAUAUUACAAGAGGAUAUUAACAGGUUAGUUAAAUGGUCUGAAGAUUGGUUAAUUACAUUUAAUGAAUCAAAAUGUAAAGUCAUGUAUAUUGGCAAAAAGAAUCCAAGAUAUGAAUAUAAAUUGAACAACUCUGUUUUAACAGAAACAAUGAUAGAAAAUGAUCUUGGGAUUUUCAUUUCAAAUAAUCUAGAGUGGAAAUAUCAUGUUAAUUCAGCUAUAGGUAAAGCAAACAGAAAAUUAGGCAUGAUCAAAAACUCUUUUGAGUAUUUGGAUGAACUUUCAUUAAAGUUACUAUACAAAUCGUUAGUACGUCCCCAUUUGGAAUAUGGAGCAACAGUUUGGAGUCCAUUUUGGAAAAAGGACAUUGACAAUCUUGAAAUCGUGCAACACAGGGCUACGAGAAUUGAAUCUUUAAGGGGGAAGUCGUAUGAAGAAAGAUUAAAGAUACUUGAAUUGCCCACUUUGUUUGAUAGAAGAAGAAGAGGUGAUCUGAUUCAAAUGUAUAAGAUCUCAAAAGGAAAAGAUAUUGUUAAUUUUCACCAUCCUCCUUUAAAUUUUGAGCUGGAGCGAUCUAGUAGAAGUAAUAAUUGUAGAAUACGCAGACAAUUUACAAAAUCAAGAAUUCGUCACCAUUUCUUUACAAACAGAGUUAUAAAUGAUUGGAAUUCUCUUCCACAAUGGAUAUUAGAUAAAGAUAAUUUGAACAUUUUUAAAAACAGUAUCGAUAAUUAUUUCGGUUUCUGA